GUUGUCCAGUUAAGGAAGCGUGGGCAGUUAAUAUGUACUUCACCACCAAAGUUGCAUCGUACAGCGCCCCAAGAGCAAUGAUUGGUUAGUAUCUUACCCAGGCAAGAGUUUAAAUUUCAGAAGGUUCAAAGGUGACAGGGAAAAUUUCCACCAGACUUGCUGCAGUGUUUUGAGAUCUCAGAAGUAGUGCCUUUCUUGGAAGUCAAGCCUGUUUCUAAGGUCAGGCUGUGCCUGUCAGUGAGGAUGGAGAAAACAAUUGUGUUUCUUUGCAUUGUUGUAACCGCCUGGGCACUCCCGCUCCUUCACAAUGAACAAAGGAAUAUUAGUAGCACUGGGGACAAUCAGGAUACAUCAAAUGCAGGUCAUAAUGGCAAUGCUGCAGAGAAUGUCAAGGUUUUAUUCAACAACCAAAGAUAUCCUGGUGGAAAUAUUAAUUGUGUUAAUGGAAGGAGUAUUGCCCCUGGCCAUGAAGAAUGUGAAAGAGAAGAAUCUACUACAAAUGCAGAGAGAGUUGAUGGAACUGCUAAUUUUGUUAAUGUCAGUGAAAAUGAAAAUGAAAGACCUGAAGGUAAUCCAAGAACAAAUGGAAACAGAGAAGAUAUGCCUGCAGAGGAAAAUGCUACUGAAAGAGAAAGACAUAGGGAUACUUUAGAAGGUGAAUAUUUCAAUGAUUCCAGUUAUGGAAUUGGGGAAGAGAAUAUUAAUUAUAGAACACAAACAGAACUUUCUGAGAGUGAUCCAAAUUAUAAGAAGCAUGGCAUUAAAGAUCAAACCAAUAUCAGCAAUCAGACUGGAGAAGAGUUCAGAGGCAGUAGAGGAAUCCAGGGCAAUCACAUUCAAAGCUUACCUGACAUGGAUGGACAUAGAUAUGCAAUUAAUGGGCCUGGAGAUGGCACAAUAAAUAUAUUGAUAGGAAGAAAGCAUGGGGAAAGUAUACCCUGGGCAAACACUGAUGAAGGUGGGAGUGGUAAUGAUGGAGAUCCCAAUGAAGAAGGUUCCAGUGAUGACUGGGGAAAUGGAACCUCAGAAGGUACAACAAACCUUGGAGAAAAUGAGAGGGAAAGCCAUAGUAAUGGGAACAAUACUCAGGCUUGUGUUAAUGGUACAAAAAUAAACACUCCAAACAAGGAAGGAGAGGGUGAUGCAGGCAAUGUGGAUGAUUCACUCAACACUGGUAAUGAAGAGGGUUUUCAAGGUCGUGGUGAUGUGAGCCCUGAAAAAAAGCAUGUGACAUGCUUUGAAAAGAAAAGAAAUGAUGUUCUGGGCUCAAAUGGCAAUGCUAAGGACACAGAAAAUAACACUGCAGCUGUAAAUAAUAGCGCCACAAGUGGUGGUAAUACAAAUGAUAAUGGUAGGGAUAUGCUCAACAAUGGAACCUCCUCUCAAGAUACCAUCCAGACUAUGCACAGAGGUGAUGGGGAAGGCAGCAGUGGUCAUGAGGACACCAGUGAAAAUGAGAGCAACAGUGUGUAUAGCUUCAGUGAUGAAUCAAUGCAAGGGGAUGAACCCAGCGAAAGCCAAGAUUCUGAAGGCUCAGAAAACAGCAGCCAGCAAGAUCUCCCCAGCCAGGCAAGUAGUGGGGAAGAACCGGAAAGCACAUCUUUAGGAGAGGAAGAGGAGCAAAGUAGUAAUGCCAGCAGUGAGCAGUCAGAGAGCAAAAGUGAAGACAGUGACAGCCAGCAGGAAAGUAAUGAAAGUAGCAGUCAGCCAGGCAGCGAUGACAGUGAGAAUGGUGGCCCAUCUGUCAGCAGUGAAAGUGACAGUCAACCAGACAGCAGCCAAAGCCAGUCCGAGAGCAGCAGUGAGAGUGACAAUGACUCCAAGAGCAGCAGUGAGAGCGAGAGUGACUCCAAGAGCAGCAGUGAGAGCGAGAGUGUAUCCAAGAGCAGCAGUGAGAGUGACAGUGACUCCAAGAGCAGCAGUGAGAGCGAGAGUGACUCCAAGAGCAGCAGUGAGAGCGACAGUGACUCCAAGAGCAGCAGUGAGAGCGAGAGUGACUCCAAGAGCAGCAGUGAGAGUGACAGUGACUCCAAGAGCAGCAGUGAGAGCGAUAGCAGUAGCAGCAGUGAGAGCGACAGUGACUCCAAGAGCAGCAGUGAGAGCGAUAGCAGUAGCAGCAGUGAGAGCGACAGUGACUCCAAGAGCAGCAGUGAGAGCGAUAGCAGUAGCAGCAGUGAGAGCAACAGUAGUAGCAGUGAGAGUGAUAGCAGCAGCAGCAGUGAGAGUGACAGCAAAUCUGACAGCAGCAGUGAAAGUGAUAGCAGCAGCAGCAGCGAGAGCGAUUCUGAGAGUAGCAGUGAGAAUGAUGGUAACCCUCAAGCAGGCAGCAGUGAAAAUGACAGCCAGUCCGACAGUGACAAUGAGAGUGAUUCAGCAAGCCAGUCCAGCAGUGACAGUGCUGCAGAUACAACGGAGAAUUCAAACGAAACUGAAUCGGAAGCAAGCGAGGAUGAUAGCAGCAGUGCUCAGCCAGACAGUGCAGGCUCUAAAAGUGAGUCUGUAAGUGAAGGAAGUGACAGCAAUGAUUUAACCAGUGAUUACUGACCAAAAGAGAAGAACGAUCAAAUGACAAUAUUUUACAGCAAUGGGAACUAUUGUGAUGGCAGAGGGGGGAAAAAAACCCGAAGCCAAUUUGUAGAAGCCAAGUCUAUAGUCCUAAACCUGGUUAUCUGAAAGCUUUUCUAAAAAUCCAUCAGACUUCAGAGGAAGUGCAGUUAACGCAAAUUAGAGAGAUAUUAAGAGAAAACCAUGUCAAGUUCUGAUAGACAUGAGUCAACAAUGCUCAGAGCUCUUGUUUCUAAGUACAGCCACUUUGCUUGCAAUGAAUUAUGUAGCUUCACCGAGUGGAAUUUUGAUUGUCAGUAAAUAGAAAAUAAAAUUAAACCUCCAGUUCAAGUCUUCAUAUUACAUGUCUGCUCAUAAAAGGGUGGGGUUAAUUUACAUAAGAACAUUCAUUACUUGAUUGCAACGUGAAGUGAUGGCUUGCAAGUGUGAAUGAGCCUUUACUGAUAUAUCUCCUGUGAACAAUCCAGUGUGGAUCUGUGAACAAUUUCCAUGGAUCUGAUUUGUUUACUUGUUUAGUAUUAUGGCUCCAACAUCACAUGUUUAACUCCACAUAUACCCCGUGUAAACUAUAAAAUAAAUUAUUAU